AUGGGAAACCUCAAGCACCGCCUCUCCGCCUUCUACCCACACCUGACAAGCAAAGAAUAUAAGUUUCUUGUCGAAGACCCCAGCGGCUCUACAGGCGGCGGCGGUACUGCAUCCAGUGCAGCGAGGUCUGCCGUAGCAGCGCGGCAUGGUGGCGCUGCUGACGGUUGCGGUGGUAGCACCGGCGGGCCCACAACCUCGUCACUUGCCCAGGCCGCCUCAUCGGCGCGUCCCUCGAACUUAUCCUUCGACGACGGCGGAGAUGCGGUUCAUGCCAAUGGUGCUUUGUCAGGCGAAGGAGUUGCCAGUGGUGUGGGAGGGUCGAACGCAACCAGCGCGCGCGCCGGUCUCGACGUUGAUCAGCUGUGGGACCUCAUCAACUCAUUUCAGCAGCUCCAGCGAACCUUUGGCGCCGCUCAAGCCGGCCAGGCAGAAGGGCAAAAUGCACAAAACACGCGCUCAGCGUUCAACUCUAGCUUCGACGCGUACCUCGUCGGCACGCACGGAACCCAAGGCAUCCGGAGCGCAGACAUCGGCUUCGACGCCGUCGGCGAAGCCUUCCGCAUCUACGACCCUCACAACACGCACUACGUGGAGGAGGAAGUCCUGUCCUGCAUCAUGGCGCGCGUCGGCUUCGGCGAGCUGACCGAAGAGGAGCUUGCGGUUCUGGUGAGCACGGCUGACUUUGACGGCGACGGCCGCAUCAGCCUCGAGGACUUCCGCCGCUUGGUCAGCAUGAAAGGUCGCUUCGAAAAGUGA